GAAUGCAUUCUUCAUGUUUGAAAAUGGUCUUUAUAUGGCCGUUUUUACUGAAUGUAGAUCAGUUUCUCCAUUUUUCUCAGCGGCUAUCGAAAGUGCGAGAAAUUUCUUGUGAGAAAAGACAAUUUAUGACGUCACGUAAAAAAUGUCUAUUAUUUAGAUCAAUUAUAAAAUUAUCUUUAGUCUUAAGGGUAACAGAAAGAAGUAGCUGUACACGUCUCAUCAAAAAUGCAAAAACCCAAAAUAAACAUAAUCACAAAUAAAAGAUUAAACACUCAAGUCUCCGGAGCAAAUAUAUGUGUAACAAUACAUAAAAUUAAUGCAAACAGCGAAGCAAGAUUUCGUUCUCAUCUCCUAUUAAAGAAGCAAUUAGUUUUUUGUUUGAAGAAAUAAAUCGUAUUGGGAAAAUACAAAAUAUCAUCAAAAGUUUUUGGACCUGAUAAAAAGUCUAAUGAGUGGAUGGUACCAGAAUCAUCUUUGAUCGCAAGUUGGAAAAAGAAAAAUUAAAUAAACCAAAAUUCUCUUGCUCUUCCAAGGAAUUUCAAGGUACUGACGUAUAUCAAUUGUUAAACAUUCUUAUUAUUGUAUGAUUUCAUAUGCACAAAGAAAUUUUUUAAAUAUACAGUAAUUUGAUUCUUGGCUAUGAAAUUUUUUUUAACAUGUCUAGAGAAACAUCUAUCAUACCCGAACUUUCUAUGAACCUCAGCUCUGUUGAUACUAAAGAAAAAGCUGACAGUUAUGAUGACAGUGUUUUUUCAAAAGAUCAUUCAACUACUCUCAAUCUUGUAGGUACAGAAAGCAAUGGGCUAUAUUCUUGUAAUAUAUGUAAUAAAAAUUAUGUAAAUAAAAGUAGCUUCACUAAACACACCUUACUUCAUUCAAGUAAAAAGUCUUAUUCUUGUAGUAUAUGCAAGAAGUGCUUUACUUAUAAGAGUAAUUUUAAUAGACAUUAUCGUAUUCAUUCUAAUACAAAGCCUUUUUCUUGUAGUUUAUGUUAUAAGAAUUUUACUCAGGAAAGUUAUUUAAUUAAUCAUAUACGUUAUCAUUCUGGUGAAAAGCCUUAUUCUUGUAGCAUAUGUAAUAGGCAUUUUUUUCGUGAAAGUAAUUUAAAUAACCAUAAGCGUGCUCAUUCUGGUGAAAAGCCUUAUUCUUGCACUAUAUGUAAUAUGAGUUUUUCUCAAAGAAAUAAUUUAAAAACUCAUACUCGAAUUCAUUCUGGAGAAAAGCCCUAUUCUUGUAGUACUUGUGACAUGCGUUUUGCUCAAAAAAGUAAUUUAAAUGCACAUAUUCGUAUUCAUACUGGUGAAAAACCUUUUUCAUGCAGUAUAUGUAACAUGUGUUUUUUUCAAAAGAAUGAUUUAGUGAAGCACAACUUUAUUCAUAGUGGUGUAAAGCCUUAUUCUUGUAGUAUAUGCAACAAAUGUUUCACUCGAAAUACCGAUUUAAAUCGGCACACUCGUGUUCAUUCUGGUGAAAAGCCUUAUUCUUGUAGUGUAUGUAAUAAGAGUUUUACGCAAAAGUGUAGUUUAAACGUACAUAACCUUGUUCAUACUGGAGAAAAGCCAUAUUCAUGUGAUAUAUGUAACAUGUGUUUUGCAUCUAGAAAGGAGUUAAAUAGACAUAACCUUGAUCAUUCUGGUGAAAUGCCUUAUUCUUGUAAUAUAUGCAAUAAAAAGUUUUUUAGAAAAAGUUCCUUAAAUAGGCAUAAUUAUAUUCAUUCUAGUAAAAAGCCUUAUUCUUGUAGUGUAUGUAAAAAAGGUUUUUCUCAAAAAAAUAGUUUAAACGUACAUAACCUUAUUCAUACUGGAGAAAAGCCGUACUGUUGUGAUGUUUGUAACCUAUGUUUUAAAUAUAAAAGGGAGUUAAAUAGACAUAAUCUUGUUCAUUCUGGUGAAAUGCCUUAUUCUUGUAAUAUAUGUAAUAAAAAAUUUUCUCGAAAAAGCAAUUUAAAUUCACAUAAUUGCAUUCAUUCUUCAUGAGCGUAAAUAAUGUGCAUUAUUAAAUAGCUUUAAAGAAAACAUUACCAUUAUUGCACAGUAAAAAUUCUAAUUCCUAGUAACUGUGGUAUGUGUAUUACUUAAAAAAGUCUACAAUUUAAUUUGUAGUUAGAUCUGUCAAAAUCACAUAUCAGAAACAUCCUGACUGUGUACCACUAUUCAAGUUACCUUAUUUUCUUCUCUUUUCUUUUUAGGAUAUCAACAAAAUAUUUUGUACUCAGUAAAAAUAUUAAUCAAGUAUACACAAAUAUUUAUUACUUGAGGAACUACUUUUAUUUUGAGGUGAAAAAAUAAAUAAAUAAAUUUGCAACAUUCUGCUACUCUUUAACAUUAUAUCUCUACUCCUGACUUAAAAUAAAGAUAAUAUAAGAAAGUUUUUUUUUUUUAAGGUAUAGUAAUUUUAAGGUAUAGGCCUAAUAAUCUGACCUUUAUAAAUAUGACCUACAAACAUGCACCCCUGAUGAAUUUAUAUUGUAUUAGAACUUCCCAUGAAAGAAUUCAUUGAAAUAACUGAAAAAUCGUAUUAUUUUUUUCAAGCAUCUAAAAUGCAAUACUUAAUGUUCUUAAUAAUUAAGUUGAUAGCAAUUUAGGAAUGAAAUUAUCUGGAAAAAAAUUUAGUAGGUUUUAGUUAAUCAGUGCAAUUAUUCUUCCAUCUCUGUUCAUUUUGUAUAAAGCUGUUAAGAUAGACACAUGGCUGAUAAUUGAUGAACUGCAUUUCUUAUUACCCUCAAAAUUUCUAUGUUUAUUUAUUAUACUAUUUUAUUCAAUUUAAUUAGUUUUUAUUCGAGUUUCUUUGAAAAGAAAUAUUUCUUUGUAAUCUUCAUGAAAUUAUAAUAUAAAUAUUUCUUGGAAAAUAAAAGUAAAUUUUAUUAAUCUUUUUUAAUUUUAAAUUUAUUUUUCAAACACCUUGAUUUCAAACUGAAGUUUUUAUAUGAAAAAUUCUAUUCUAAAUGUAAUAUAGAAACUAUUGACAAUACUGUUUCGGCUGUAAACAUGACGUUUUCUUUAUUACAUUGAAUUAUUUGUUAUAUUUUAAGAUACUGAAACUUAAAUUAAUUGUAUAUAUAAACUUAAUUGCUUUGAUAUGUGUGUAAGAUUUAGUACAGAAUGUGCUUCAUUUGUACUAAAAAAAAUGAGAAAACAUUAGACAAAGCAGUGUAUAAAUUGCAAAAAUUCUCACUUUAGCUAUAUUAUUUACUCUGUAAAAGAGAUUUUUCUCUCUUUCAAUAUAUACUAUAUCGUAUAUCAAUUUGAUUCUCGAUUGUUAAAAACUUUUGUUUACUUGACAUGUCUUGUGAAGUUUUUAUACAUAAAUUUUUGUCUAAACACAGGGGUCUGUCCGAGCCAAAUUUACUACUGUUUAGUAGUACCUUCACAAAUUCAACUUUCUAAAAGCCAUAGUUUCAUAAAAUACUUUUUCCUAAAAUUUUAUUUUUGUGUUUCAUAAAAAAUGAUAUAUCCAUAUUUUUGUUUUGAUUUUUCUAAUAUAAUUUUUAAUUUUCACAAAUUGUGUCUAAAUUUUUACAAAAUAGGUACCUCUCAAAAAAACCUAGACAGACCCCUGAAACAUAAUCUUGCUUUACUGUAUAUGUUAUAUGUGUUUAGCUCAAAAAACUUAUUUGAAUGCACAUUAUCAUAUUCAUACAAGGGGAAAAGGCUUAUUGGUGUAAUUUACGUAAUUACGAUUUUACUCAUGAAAGUAAUUUAAAUGCAUAGAAUCGUCUUGUUCAUAGUGGUAAAAAACCUUUUUCUUGUCAUAACAAGUGUUUUGUUGAAAAAAAUGUGAUUUAAAUAAAUAGAAUCUUGUUCA